UGGCUUGAUUUUCAGAUGAAUAGCUGGUCACGCGGCAGUAUCAUACAUUUUCUUUGUCAGGGAAAGAGAACUCUACGAUCUAAUGCCUAGACUGUCGUGAUCUAUCUUGCCGCCUCGGUCGCUCUGUUUGUCAUUCCUAUGAUCUGUUGUGCUUGGGCAAGAUGAGGGAGAUCCUUCAUGUUCAGGGUGGACAAUGUGGUAACCAGAUCGGAGCCAAAUUCUGGGAAGUCGUCUGUGAAGAGCACGGGAUAGAUCCGACUGGACGUUACGUCGGGACAUCUGAGCUGCAGCUCGAGCGUGUCAAUGUCUACUACAAUGAGGCAUCUUGCGGUAGAUUUGUUCCUCGAGCUGUGCUGAUGGAUCUUGAACCGGGCACCAUGGAUAGCAUUCGAACUGGUCCCUAUGGGCAGAUCUUCAGGCCUGAUAAUUUUGUCUUUGGGCAAUCCGGUGCUGGAAAUAACUGGGCCAAGGGGCACUAUACUGAAGGCGCUGAGCUUAUUGAUGCAGUUCUUGAUGUUGUGAGAAAGGAGGCUGAGAACUGCGACUGUCUUCAAGGUUUCCAAGUAUGCCAUUCACUUGGUGGAGGAACUGGCUCUGGAAUGGGCACUUUGCUCAUCUCAAAAAUCAGGGAGGAAUACCCUGAUAGGAUGAUGCUGACAUUCUCUGUGUUCCCUUCUCCUAAGGUUUCCGAUACAGUGGUCGAGCCUUACAAUGCCACCCUUUCUGUCCAUCAACUUGUCGAGAAUGCAGAUGAAUGCAUGGUUCUGGACAAUGAAGCUCUGUAUGAUAUUUGUUUCCGGACACUCAAGCUGACAACUCCUAGCUUUGGCGAUCUGAACCACUUGAUCUCUGCAACCAUGAGUGGAGUUACGUGUUGCCUCCGUUUCCCUGGUCAACUGAACUCUGACCUGAGGAAACUUGCCGUUAACCUGAUUCCCUUCCCUCGCCUGCACUUCUUUAUGGUUGGUUUUGCCCCACUGACCUCUCGCGGUUCCCAGCAGUAUCGCGCAUUGACAGUGCCAGAACUCACACAACAGAUGUGGGAUUCCAAGAACAUGAUGUGCGCUGCUGACCCAAGGCACGGUCGCUACCUUACUGCGUCGGCCAUGUUCAGGGGCAAGAUGAGUACCAAGGAGGUCGAUGAGCAAAUGAUAAAUGUGCAGAACAAGAACUCUUCCUACUUUGUGGAGUGGAUUCCGAACAAUGUGAAGUCCAGCGUGUGCGACAUUCCUCCCAGGGGGCUUUCCAUGGCUUCCACAUUCAUUGGGAAUUCGACUUCCAUCCAGGAAAUGUUUAGGAGGGUGAGCGAGCAGUUCACUGCCAUGUUCAGGAGAAAGGCUUUCUUGCACUGGUAUACCGGUGAAGGAAUGGAUGAAAUGGAAUUCACCGAGGCGGAGAGCAACAUGAAUGAUCUCGUGUCCGAGUAUCAGCAAUAUCAAGAUGCGACUGCCGAUGAGGAAGGUGAUUAUGAAGAUGAGGAGGAGGAAAUACCGGAUGACGUGUGAGAGUUAGCAGCGGAAGUGUAAUGGAUGCAUGAGUGUUUGUUAUUGCGUUAUUACAUGUCUGCCGUAGUAUCAGGGGGCUAUUGGACCGGUAGGGAAAA